AUGCCUAGCAUCACUGCUACAGGUGACUUUGGCCCAGCACCGGCCGGGGUAGAUCUGGCGAAAAAUCAGACAGGCAACUUGUUGGGAGCGGUUAUUCCUGUAGCGGUGUUCGGGACCAUCGCAGUUAUAUUGCGAUUAGUUGCGCCAAUGAAGAACAAAGAGGCCAGAAAAUUAGCUCUCGAUGACUAUCUAAUCGUUGCAGCUCUUAUAUUCUCUUGGGGCACAGCAAUAUCCUGCUUUAUAAAUUUCUUAGGCAUUCCAUAUGGCAACGGUUAUCAUUUACAAUCCUUGAACAAAGCAGAGUUUAUUACUGUUUGGAAGAUACUUUUUGCCUAUGUGAUGAUUUACGCCACAGCUAUCACCUUCACCAAAUCCUCGAUCGUCUUCUUCUACGGCCGCAUCUUCAACUUUCGCUGGUCACUAGGCUUCUGCAUGUUCUUGGUGCUUGGGUAUUGGGUCACCAUUAUCGUCACGGUUGCAGUGGCAUGUCGACCACUACCAUAUUUCUGGCUGGCCUAUACUGAUCCAACAGCCGUUGGUGUAUGCAUUGAUGUGCCUAAAUUCUUCUUCGGCAAUGGAAUUGGUGCUAUGUUGAUUGAUGUGAUAAUACUGUGUAUGCCGAUGCCAACAAUUUACAAGUUGCAGAUGCAAUCGUCGCAGAAGCUAGCGGUCGUUGGCAUCUUGCUCCUAGGGAGUUUGUAUGUUCUUCUCCUCUCCUACUAUAACAUUAUCCGGGCUAAUCAAGCUCAGUGUUUGCGUCGCAAGUAUUUGCCGGAUCAUCGCCCUUCAGAACAACACCCACGGAACAGACGCUACGUGGACUAUGGCACCGGUCUUUAUCUGGUCGUCCGUGGAACCUUUCGUUGGGAUCAUCUGCGCGUGCCUCCCUACGUUCGGGCCAUUCUUUCGUCGAUGGUGGUCCAAGGCUCGGACAGGGCGCUCAUCAAACAGCCGCAACACUCCAAGUGGCGAGAAUGCAUCUGCUUCUGCUUCGACGACCUGGCUCCGGAAACCCCGAUCCAAAAAGCCACCCAUGGACUCAUUAUUCAGCAUCAAUGA